AUGAAUGUUCGAGUUUUUCCCUUUGACACGCAAAAAUGUGAGAUCGGUUUCUCGGUGGAGACGUAUGGAAGUGAUUUCGUGACCGCAACUGGUGAAACGGCUUCCCAUUUGGAUGACUCAAUUUAUGAUGGAAAUGGUGAAUGGGAAGUCCUGGAUAUUAAGCCAUCAAAGAAGAUUUACUCGAGUUACAAUGCCAAAGAACAAGAAUAUGAAUAUAUCAAAUUCACAUUGCGUUUGAAGCGUCGCCCGCAUUUCUACAUCUACGUGAUCGUUCUCCCUUGUUUCAUGCUCACUCUUCUUUCAAUCGUCGGAAUGUUUUGGAAUGCGCAUAUUAAAGAGGAAAAGCUUACAAAGCUGAGUAUCGGGUUGACAUCAAUGAUGUCGAUGACUCUCUUGCUCGAUAUGAUGGCUCAAGAAAUACCCAAGAAUGCGACUUUUCCGUUGUUAGGUUUUUAUGUGAUUAUUUCAAUUGGAAUUAUUGCCCUUGGUUGUGCGAUCACGAUCACCAUUUUCGAUGUCGUCACCGCCCUCUUCGGUCCAAUUUUCAUCAAUUCUCUUUCUGGGGUUUAUCUCAUCGGAUUUUUUCGCCUCUCAACUUAUGGAACAUAUGUGUUUAUGAUUUUCUUCUACAUUUUGAUGUGCCUUCAAAGCGGUGCAUUAGUGAUCGCUUUUACCGCUAAAUUGUAUUCUCUUCUCCCGAUCGCUUAUCGAGCAAAGCUGAAAUUCGUCUUUUUGCUGUACAUCGGUUCUUUUUACGGUCUGAUACCGGUUGGGGUCACUUUUCUCUUUUAUGUCUGGUCGACGGAUUUCGAGAAAUAUUCACAAUUGAUGUUUCUCACUGAUGUCAUCACUUUCGCCAUCCCUUACAUUUCCUAUAUUUUCGCUCAAAUCAUUCUUGUCGUUUUCGGCUGGUCUUGGGUGGCACAGGUGGAAAAAUAUGCAAUCCCGUGUCUAUCAAUCCUCUCGAAUACCCAUUCCGGGAUCACCUCGCUUGUCGUCUUGACAACUUCACGCCCAUAUUUCGUCGCCGUUUCAUCGAUUCUCAAACUAAAGAUUCCAAAAGCUCGCCUCAAUAAACUCACAUCUUACGUCUACAACGAGAAAGUCUUCUUUGCGAGGAAUCAAAAUAAACCAAAGCCUAAACCAGAACCAGAAGCUAAAAAAGGA